AUCGCGAUCAGUGACUGCAAGGCUGACUUGCGGCUCGCUUACUCGGCAAAAGGCAGACCCCGGUUGAGAAUCGUGAUCAUUACUUCGUUUGGAUUGGUUUGAAGCACUACGUCGUUCACGCCACACCGCGCCCUGGACAGCUAUAUUGUUCAAGUGCCAUUCGUUGUCGUGUUCGUCAGGACUAGAGGAAGCGGAUCAAUUCCGGACUAGCCACAUCCGAAAAACUAGUGAAAUCAUUCGAAUCGAAGAAAAAGUAAGAAAGUAAACCGUAAACAUGAAACCCUUCAGAAGGAGUGUGACGACGAUGAUGCUGGUGGUGGUAGUGGUGGUGUGUAUUGGAACCACCUUGGCAGCUCCCAGCGCCCGGGUGAAACGGGAUGACGAUCAGUUAGCUGAAGCAACCGGCGUCGAUCCGGUCGUGGCCGAGGACGCAUCGAUUAGUGACGACAUUGACCGUGACAAGCGAAAAGCCCCAUCCGAUCCCAAGUUCGAAGCCAAAAAUGCCAUCCUCGGAUUCGUGUUUGGAAAAAUCAACUCCAUAAUUGAUGCCAAGACCCGUCUCGUGGAGAAAUUGGAUCACGCCAACAUCGAGAAGAACAAACAAUAUCACAUCGAAUCACCGCAGCCCAUUCCCAGUUUCCAGUCGUUAGUCUCUUCGGUUAUCACACCCAAGGUCCAGUUUAUCACCCACAAGCUCGGUGCCCUCAGCGGUGGUUUCCUGGGUGGUUUAUCCGGAAGUAGUGGUGGACAUGGCGACGAUCAUGAUGAUCACGGAAAAGGUGCCCCAAAUUUGGGCGGUGUCGUAUCGUCGCUGCUGAAACUUUCUGGACCCAUUCUGUCCGGAUCUUCGGGAUCGAAUUACGGCGGUAAUUCGGUGUCUCAUGAUGAUAACGAUGAUGAUGAUGAGUAGAUCCUAGGGCUGUAAGCGUUCAGUUAGGCAAAUUUUGUUAACUAUUUGGAUUUGGUUUUUAUCAUUCAGAAUACAUUUUAAAAGAAAUCAUGUGUAGAAAUGUUCCAUGCGUCGUCGUCAACAAAAAAUCACCAGUAUAGAAACGAGUCAUGUUCAUCCCGAUCAUUCAUACAACAAACGAGUAAAUUCUAGUUAGGGAAGAGUCAUAUAGGUAGGGGUUUUGAAGUAAAGUUACUCGAAUUCGUAGAAAGCUUUUAAUAAAUAAAUCGAGCCGAUUGUAAAUAUCUAAACGAAAAUAAAUCGAAACAAUGAAAAUCUGAAA